CACACAUAUUUUUGGGACAAAUGUGUGUCCACAGACCGGAGACUGUAAUUUAUUGAACUUAAAAAGACAGCUGUGUUGUCCUCUGCAGAGACCUCUGUUGGAAACGGUCAUUACAAAGAUUAAAUAAUUCACGUUUUCGUCGAGAUAAACAUAGGCUAAAAAAAACGCUGACAGUAAAACUUUAUUUUGAAAAUUCCAACAGGAAGUGUCGGUGGUAAUUCUUUCCGCUCUGCCGCUGUCAGUGAUCCCCGGGAUUCCCGUUAAUAUCCCGACUUUCCUUCAUAUUCGUGCGUUUUCUGGGCUGUUUCUGAGCCGGGGUGCCGCUGCGGGUCUCUGCCGGGUUGAAGCGUCUCUUGGCCGGCCUGCAGGAGCAGGUGCAGCCGGUGUCGGUGGUGUGGAUGUUGCGGACUGACGGUGAUAAAUCGGCGCUGUAAUCUCCGGAUUUUAACUGGAAACAGCGAACAGACGGCGGCGGGAGUCAGCGGAGGGAUUUUCUAUCAUAUCCGCCUUCAGACGCUCCGUUUGUGGAUUCCGUUAAAUGAAGUGACGGUUAAUUUGUCCCCGGUGCGACCGGAACAUCGGUCAGAAGGACGGACAGUGUAGUCCUCAUGGUCCCGCUGAAGGCUGGGUCGAUAUCCUGACAUGCGCUCCCAACACGGUUUCUAUUUCUCUCCCACAGUGACCUUCUCAGCAAACACCAACACCUUCCUCUACCUUCAGAGAACAUCCUGGGAAUGUUCCGGUUUGGGUCAUUAGUUGGAGCAACGUUCCCAAAAGGUUGGAAUUAUGGGAAGUGCAGUUGGAUGUCAGACUCCAGUGAUGGACUACAGCUCCCAGCAGCCUUAGGACCAGCAGCAGACUCUGAUGCACACACGUGUUUUUGUGUUCGUCCAGAGAGAUUCUUCACAGCAGAUGCUUUGGACCUGCUCACAGCUCGUCAGACUUCCUGGUUUCUUCGUAUUUUUAACUUGAUGUUGAGUUUUCAGUUUUAAGCCAACAUGUCGGAUAAGACGGCGCCGCGCUGCCAGCUGAGGCUGGAGUGGAUCCACGGAUACAGAGGUCACCAGUGUCGAAACAACCUCUACUACACCGCAGGGAAAGAGGUGGUGUACUUCGUGGCCGGGGUGGGCGUGGUCUACAACACCCGAGAGCACACCCAGAAGUUCUACCUGGGGCACAACGAUGACAUCAUCAGUCUGGCGAUCCAUCCAGAUAAGAUCCAGGUGGCGACGGGUCAGGUGGGCAAAGACCCGUUCAUCUGUAUCUGGGACACGUACGCCAUGCAGACUGUGUCCAUCCUGAGGGACAUCCACACACAUGGAGUGGCCUGUUUGGCCUUCGACUCUGACGGACAGCGGCUGGUGUCAGUCGGUCUGGACGCCAAGAACACGCUGUGUGUUUGGGACUGGAGGAGAGGACGAGUCCUCGCCACGGCAACCGGACACUCAGACAGAAUCUUUGACGUGGCCUGGGAUCCGUUUCAGUCCAGCCGUCUGGUCAGCUGUGGAGUCAAACACAUCAAGUUCUGGACGCUGUGUGGGAAUGCUCUGACCCCGAAGCGAGGGAUCUUUGGGAAGACGGGCGACCUGCAGACCAUCCUGUGUGUUUCUGCAGCCAAAGAUGAGCUGACCUACUCUGGAGCUCUGAACGGAGACGUUUAUGUGUGGAGAGGAAUCACUCUGAUUCGGACCGUACAGGCUGCACACGGGGCGGGGAUCUUCAGCAUGCACGCCUGUGAGGAGGGAUUCGCCACGGGAGGACGAGAUGGCUGCAUCAGACUGUGGGACGUCGACUUCAAACCCAUCACAAAGAUCGACCUGAGGGAGGCGGAGCAGGGAUACAAAGGUCUGUCGAUCCGCAGCGUUUGCUGGAAGGCAGACCGUAUCCUAGCAGGUACGCAGGACAGCGAGAUCUUCGAGGUCAUGGUCCGAGACCGGGACAAACCUGUUCUGCUGAUGCAGGGUCACAGUGAGGGUGAGCUGUGGGCACUUGACCUGCACCCCAAACAACCGGUCGCUGUCACCGGGAGCGAUGACCGCUCUGUCAGGCUGUGGAGUCUUCCUGACCACACUCUGUUGGCUCGCUGUAACAUGGAGGAAUCCGUCCGAAGUGUCUCCUUCAACAACGAUGGCUCUCAGCUUGCUCUGGGCAUGAAGGAUGGAUCCUUCACCGUGCUGCGUGUCAGGGAUAUGACAGAAGUUGUGCACAUCAAGGACAGGAAGGAGGUAAUCCAUGAGCUAAAGUUUUCGCCGGAUGGUUCCUUCCUGGCGGUGGGAUCAAACGACGGGCUGGUGGAUGUAUAUGCUGUCGCCCAGCGUUACAAGAAGGUGGGUGAGUGCAGCCGCUCCGCCUCCUUCAUCACCCACCUGGACUGGUCGGUCGACAGCCGCUUCCUGCAGACCAAUGAUGGCGCCGGAGAGCGGCUCUUCUACAGGAUGCCAGCAGGGAAGCAGGUUCCAAAAGAGGAGGCAAAGGGGAUCCACUGGAUGACGUGGACAGGAGUCAUCGGGCCGGAGGUGAACGGCAUCUGGCCCAAAUACUCCAACAUCACCAACGUGAACUCUGUGGACGCCAACUACAGCAGCGCCGUGCUGGUGACCGGAGACGACCUCGGCCUCGUCAAACUCUUUAGGUUCCCUUGCCUCAAGAAAGGCGCCAAAUUCAAGAAGUACAUCGGUCACUCUGCCCAUGUGACAAAUGUUCGCUGGUCCAACGACCUGCAGUGGGUCGUCAGCACUGGUGGCGCCGACCACGCUGUUUUCCAGUGGAGGUUCCUGCCCGAAGGCGUCAUGAACGGCGUCCUGGAGCCCCUCCUCCAAGAGGGUUAUGCCGACUCCAACAGUGGGGAGUCGGACUCGGACGUGUCCGACGUCCCGGAGCUCGACUCGGACAUUGAACAGGAAGCUCAGACCAGCUACGAACGCCAGGUGUAUAAGGAGGACCUGCCUCACCUGAGGAAAAAGCUGAUUGGUUCCCUAAAGCGUCAGAAAGCUCCGGAGGAGGGGCUUCGCCUGCAGUUUGUUCACGGGUAUCGGGGCUUCGACUGUCGUAACAACUUGUUCUACAGUCAGACGGGGGAGGUGGUGUACCACGUGGCUGCCGUCGCCAUUGUCUACAACCGUCUGCAGCACAGUCAGAGGUUUUAUCUCGGCCAUGACGACGACAUCCUCAGCCUCACCGUCCACCCGCUCAAAGACUAUGUGGCCUCAGCUCAGGUGGGCAGAGACCCGGCCGUCCACAUCUGGGACAUCCAGACUCUGAAGUGUCUGUCUCUACUAAAGGGACACCACAGCAGAGGAGUGUGUGCUCUGGAGUUCACAGUGGACGGAAAGAGUUUGGUCUCAGUGGGAAUCGAUGAAGUUCACUCCAUCGUCAUCUGGGACUGGAAGAAAGGAGAGAGACUGGCCAAGGCCAGGGGUCAUAAAGAGAAGAUCUUCGUGGUGAGGAGUAACCCGUUCAGGACGGACAAACUGGUGACUGUCGGCAUCAAACACAUCAAGUUCUGGCAACAUUCAGGUGGCGGUCUGACGUUCAAACGGGGGAUUUUCGGUAACCUGGGGAAACAGGAGACGAUGAUGUCGGCGUGUUACGGUCGAUCAGAGGACCUGGUCUUCUCUGGAGCCACCAACGGAGAUGUUUACAUCUGGAGAGACACGACGCUCAUCAAGACCAUCAAGGCCCACGACGGCCCUGUGUUCACCAUGUGCUCCCUGGACAAGGGUUUCGUGACAGGGGGGAAGGACGGCAUCGUGGAGCUGUGGGACGACAUGUUUGAGAGAUGUUUGAAGACGUACGCCAUCAAGAGAGCCGCUCUGUCUCCGUCGUCCAAAGGUCUGCUGCUGGAGGACAACCCGUCCAUCAGAGCCAUCACUCUGGGUCACGGUCACAUCCUGCUGGGGACAAAGAACGGAGAAGUCCUGGAGAUCGAUAAGAGCGGCCCCAUGACGCUUCUGGUUCAGGGUCACAUGGAAGGGGAGGUUUGGGGUUUGGCGGCUCACCCUCUACUUCCUGUCUGCGCUACCGUCAGCGAUGACAAAACUCUGAGGAUCUGGGAGCUGUCGGCCAAUCACCGCAUGGUCGCCGUCCGCAAACUCAAGAAGGGUGGGCGGUGCUGUGCCUUCUCACCUGACGGUAAAGCUCUGGCGGUCGGUCUGAACGACGGCAGCUUCCUGGUGGUGAACGCCGACACGCUGGAGGACAUGGUGACCUUUCACCACCGCAGGGAGCUCAUCUCGGACAUCCGCUUCUCCCAAGACGCGGGGAAGUACCUGGCUGUGGCGUCCCACGAUUCCUUUGUGGACAUCUACAACGUCUUGACCAGUAAGAGAGUCGGCAUCUGUAAAGGAGCUGGCAGCUACAUCACACACAUCGACUGGGACUCCAGAGGUAAACUGCUGCAGGUGAACACUGGAGCUAAAGAGCAGCUGUUCUUUGAGGCUCCGCGAGGACGCAAACAGAACAUCAGUGUGGCCGAGUUUGAGAAGCUGGAUUGGGCGAGCUGGACGUCUGUUCUGGGUCCCACCUGUGAGGGAAUAUGGCCGACGCUCAGCUUCGUUAACGCCGCCUCGCUCACCAAAGAUCGCAAACUGCUCGCCACUGGAGACGACUUCGGCUUCCUCAAACUGUUCAGCUUCCCAUCCAGGGGCCAGUUUGCCAAGUUUAAGAAGUACGUUGGUCACAGCACCAACGUGACAAACGUCCGCUGGUCCAAUGAUGACUCCAUGCUGCUGUCAGUGGGCGGGGCCGACACCGCGCUGAUGAUCUGGACCAGAGAGCCACCGGGUCACAAAGAGAGUAGAGCUGUGGACAGCGAGGAGUCAGACGACGACACGGAGGAGGACGGAGGGUACGACAGCGACGUGGCACGGGAGAAGGUGGUGGACUACAUCACCAAGAUCUACUCUGCCAGCAUCAGGAACAUGACAGGAACCAGACCUCACCUGCAGCACAAAGAGCUUCCUGUGGAGGAGAGGCCUCCAGUAAGUCGAGCUGCCCCGCUGCCCGACAAACUGCUGAAGAACAACGUGACCAAGAAGAAGAAGGUGGUGGAGGAGCUGGUGCUGGAGCACGUCUUUGGCUACAGAGGCUUCGACUGUCGCAACAACCUGCAUUACCUCAACGACGGUGCUGACAUCAUCUUCCACACUGCUGCUGCCGUGGUCAUCCAGAACCUAUCCGCCGGAACCCAGAGUUUCUACCUGGAACACACUGACGACAUCCUCUGUCUGACCGUCAACCAACACCCAAAAUACCAAAACAUCAUCGCUACGGGACAAAUCGGUGACAUCACUGACCUGCCAGAGGCUGAAGUGUCUGGCCUUGCUCCAUCCAUCCAUGUGUGGGAUGCCAUGACCAAGCAGACGUUGUCUAUCCUCCGCUGUUCCCACGCUAAAGGUGUCGGCUACGUCAACUUCAGCGCCACAGGGAAGCUGCUGCUGUCUGUGGGAGUUGAACCUGAACACAUCAUCACUGUGUGGAGGUGGCAGGAAGGCACGAAGGUGACCUGUAAAGGAGGCCACGCUGAGCGGAUCUUUGUGGUGGAGUUCAGACCAGACUCCGACACCCAGUUUGUGUCGGUGGGAAUCAAACACAUCAAGUUCUGGACUCUGGUCGGAGGUUCGCUUGUCUACAAGAAAGGAGUGAUCGGCUCGGUGGAGGACGGCCGUAUGCAGACCAUGUUGUCUGUCGCAUUUGGUGCCAACAACCUGACGUUCACUGGUGCUAUUAACGGAGACGUGUACGUAUGGAGGGAGCACUUCCUGGUGCGAGUGGUGGCGAAGGCGCACAGUGGUCCGGUCUUUACCAUGUACACCACCCUGAGGGAUGGACUCAUCGUCACCGGGGGGAAGGAACGGCCGACUAAAGAAGGCGGCGCUGUGAAACUUUGGGAUCAGGAGAUGAAGCGCUGUAGAGCGUUUCAGCUGGAGACCGGCCAGCCGGUGGAGAACGUCCGAUCCGUCUGCAGAGGGAAGGGUAAAAUCCUGGUGGGAACCAAAGAUGGAGAGAUCAUAGAGGUUGGAGAAAAGAACGCCGCCUCCAACACCAUGAUCAACGGACACACUCAGGGAGGAAUCUGGGGUUUAGCAACUCACCCUUUCAAAGACGUCUUCAUCUCCGCCAGCGAUGACGGGACCAUCCGAAUAUGGGACCUGGCUGAUAAGAAACUUCUGAACAAGGUGAGUUUGGGUCAUCCUGCCAAGUGCACCUCCUACAGUCCCAAUGGAGAGAUGGUUUCCAUCGGUAUGGAGAAUGGAGAGUUCAUCGUCUUGCUAGUCAACUCCCUCACUGUCUGGGGCAAGAAGAGAGACCGCAGUGUCGCCAUCCAGGACAUACGGUUCAGUCCAGACAACCGAUUCUUGGCAGUGGGUUCAGUUGAAAGUGCUGUGGAUUUCUACGACCUUUCUCUGGGACCAUCCCUCAACAGGAUUGGCUACUGUAAGGACAUCCCGGGCUCCGUCAUCCAGAUCGACUUCUCUGCUGACAGCAAACAUAUCCAGGUGUCCACCAGCACCUACACUCGGCAGGUGCAUGAAGUUCCCUUGGGGAAGAUUGUCACAGAGCAGUCUGCAUUUGAGAGGAUCACCUGGGCUACCUGGACCAGCAUCCUGGGUGACGAGGUUCUCGGAGUUUGGCCUCGUAACACAGAGAAGGCGGACGUUAACUGUGCUUGUGUUUCCCACGCCGGUCUCAACCUGGUGACCGGAGACGACUUUGGCCUCAUCAAGCUCUUUGAUUUCCCCUGCUCCGAAAAAUUUGCAAAACACAAGCGCUACUUCGGUCACUCUGCUCACGUGACAAACAUUCGAUUCUCCUGUGACGACAAGUUCGUCAUCAGCGCCGGUGGCAGUGACUGCAGUUUGUUUGUGUGGAAAUGUCAGUGACAGUCCUCCUCCUCCUCCUCCUCCUCUUCUUCUUCUUCUCCUUCUCCUGUGAUGCUGCACUCAGCUCUGUUGACGCUUCAGCCCCUUUACCUGAAACCACACAGGACAGGAAGUCUCAAGUCAAACUGCGUGUGAGCCGUGACCAGACACGUCAGGUGAUGCUGACUGUACUGUAUUUUCUUGUGACGUAGUUCUUCUUGUAUAUUCAGAUGAUUUGAUGUGGACAUGACAAGCAGCCGGUGUUUUUUAGAUUUCAAAUGUUUGUGUAGUUACUUUUGUGUAAAAAGAUCCAAACACAGGAAGAGGAGUGCAGUUUGACCUCCUUCAGAGAACGUGUAGCUGUUAGAUGUAGCUGUUUCUGUUUGUCAGUACGUGCCUUUAUCACAAACUCUGACCAAACAUUUGAUACAACUUUAUUUAUACUGGUGGUGCUAUCAAAAUCAUCAUUUAGGGCUUUUUACAGAUAUGGAUGAUGAAUGCUGUCGUUGUUUUGUUUUGUAUCUCGUACUGUCUCAAGGUGAUGAUGAUGAUGCAGUUAUGUUUUACUUAAAUGAAGUAGAAAACAAACAAAGGAAAGAUGGAUCAUUGAUCCCAGAUAUUUAAACUGGAAAUAAAAAAAAUAUAUGUUCUACCUCAACAUACAAUAAAGUGAAACUGAAUCAUAUUUAAGGUAGAAAAUAAAUAUUUGAUAGAAUUUACUGAGCAGAGGAAGACAGAGUGUGGAUGACCUCUUUCUGUCCACCAGAUAGCGCCGUCUGUUGUCUCCCUGUUGUUUAAAUAAAACUUGAAGAAACUGAAUGCUGCUUUUCAACAUCAACGAGGAUUUAAAGGGAAAAACCAACCAAAAUGAUCCUCUGUUCUCUAAGGAACCUGUGCAACAACUCAAUAAUACCACUCGUGUUCUCGUAUCUGUGUCGACAUGUGUUUAGUGUAGUUAGAAGGUGCUAAAUGUAAAAUCCAGCAUGUUGGCGUCAAAAGAUAAACAUGAUGAAAGAUUACAGAAACAAGAGAACUAAAUUAUUUUCUGCGGCGCAGAAGUAGGUUCUUUUUUUCCCGGACUGUAGGCCUCUACUCACCGCGGCGUUUUUAUUUAUUUUAUUCAUAUUUUAUUUUGCGUGUGAUUAUUUUGCACGUCAACAUUUUUUAACUGUUGUUUUGGUCAUCAGUGUUUUGACAAAGAAAGAGAAUAUCACGCUGCAAAAAGUGAUGCAACAAGGUCCAUUUUUCUAAACUUUCACACCGCCAGUGAAGGCAUCAGUCAGUCACGUUGUGCAGAACUGACAUCACGUCUCAACAUCCUGACAGUUGCAGACCUGUAACAAUUGUAUGAAUAAGUCAUGUUGUUUCUUGGUCACGCCAUCCAAAGGCAAAGGUUUAAUUUGAGCACUGGUGGGGAAACAUACUAAGCAGGAACGUGUGGGGACACUCCACCAGGAAACUUUGAGCAUGAAACACUUUAUUUCCUGCAUUCUGGUGAUUUUUUUGCACCAAUUUUGGGUGGAAAAGUCUUUUUUUAUGUCAAGAAAAAUAAAAUUCACUCAUUCAUCUGUAAUGACAUAGGUCAUUACAGAGAUUGAUGGCUCUCAAAAGAACCUACUGGAGAGCUCCCAGCCGAUCACAUUACUUGUGGAGUUCCACAGGGUUCAAUGUUGGGUCCCAUGUUAUUUUACUUAUUCAUUGUUGUACAUGAGUAUACGUUACAAACAUUUUAACAUCUCAAACACAGUUCAGGUCAACAGUUUAACCACAGUUUUAAAUCAAACAGAAGGUAACCAAAGCAACAAUACUGAUGCUUCACUUCGCUAAUUGGUUACUGAUUGGACACAUUUAAAAACGUGCAGUUCUUGGAGUCUGUUAUUUUUGUACACCAGAACAUUUUGUGUUAUUGUAGAUUUUAAAGAUACUGAAUCGUGAACGUCAGUAAUUUUGUAACAUUAAAGAAAAUGGUAAAAUGAAACUUUGAAACAGAUAUUUUCCCCCAGUGAUGUAACUGAAAUGAUGCUGAUAUUAUACUGGUAUGAUAUUGGUGCUUCUGGUUUUGUGUACAGCAGCAGGUUGAUUUUGUAAAAUGAAAGAUGUUAGCUGUAAUUGUUAGCGUUCUUUAGAUAGUGAGUGGAGCUCAGUUCAGUUCACAUUUAUUACAAGAUGGCUGCUGAGGCCUCCUCCACCUGUUUACAGGCUAAAGAAACAUGUAGUGAAAUCUUUUUGUUCCGUCCUCUCCAGAGACGCAUGGACACCAGUUUAAUCUCUGUGUGUCCAGUAUAGACCACAGGAUGUGGUUAGCUUAGCUUUACACAAGUGACUGGUGACUGGAAGAAGGGAAACAAAUAAGUUUUAACUACAAUCAUCACAAAAACCUGCCAAGCUUAGCAAGUGUGAUAUUAUCACCAGUUAAUGACUUAGGCUAACGUUAGCUAAGCAAUGUUUGUAUUGUAAAGCACCCAUUAUUUGUUGAUUGUAUUCUGUUCAAAAUUAUUUUAAGUUGUUUACCAACCUCCAAAUCAAAGACUUUCAUAGCUAAAGAGCUAACAUUUGUUAGCUGGGGAGCAUAUAUGCUAGCUGAAACUUUAGCUUGCUAGCUAACAGGCAAAUGAGGGGAAUAUUAAACCAGUAUUAUUGUAAAUCUUCUCCAGUGUCAGGCGCAUCAAAUGGAUAUCAGUUUCAUCUCUCUUCAUACAAAAUAAAUUUCCUCAGAUGGAGCUAGGCUAACAGUUCCCCGUGUCCAGUGUUUGAGCUAAGAGCUAGGCUAACAGUUCCCCCCUGUGUCCAAUGUUUGAGCUAAGAGCUAGGCUAACAGUUCCCCCUUGUGUCAAGUGUUUGAGCUAAGAGCUAGGCUAACAGUUCCCCCUUUCGUCCAGUGUUUGAGGUAAGAGCUAGGCUAACAAUUUCCCCCUCCUUCCAGCGACUGAGCUAAGAGCUAGGUUAACAGUUUCCCUGCCUCCAGUGUUUAAGCUAAGAACUAGGCUAACAGUUCCCCCUUGUGUCAAGUGUUUGAGCUAAGAGCUAGGCUAACAGUUCUCCGUUGUGUCAAGUGUUUGAGCUAAGAGCUAGGCUAAUAUUUCCCCCUGCAUCCUGUGUCUGAGCUAAGAGCUAGGCUAACAGUUUCCUCCUGCGUCCAGUGUUUGAACUAAGCUAGGCUAAUCGUGUCCUGUAUGCUCUGAAAUGCAUCUGGUCAUCUGAAUGUGAAGACUAACGAGAAGAUUUCCCAAUAUGCUGCACUUUUCCUUUAAAAUUAAAUUGUUUAAAAUUUUCAUUCAUUAAAUUAUGUUUUUUUUUCCUGUUUGAUUUUCUGUAAUAAAAAUAAAUAUGAAACGCAGAGACCAGACCUGCGACAUGCUGCUGCUGUUACAGUGAAACUAAAGAAAGGUGAUGUAUUCUGCAGAUUUUGGCUCCAAAAAAAAAGAAAGAAAGAAAAUCUUGUUGGAUUUUUUUUUUCUCUGUUCGUCAAACUUUGUCAUGAAAUAAAAACAUUUGC